UUGCUGCUUUCAGUGAUGGCGUCUGCUGAUCUGAGAGACGAGCUGACCUGCUGUAUCUGCCUGAAUAUUUAUACUGAUCCUGCAACCCUGACAUGUGGACAUAGCUACUGCCGGGUCUGCAUCACAAGAACAUGGGACAACCAGGAGGAGAGGGAAAAUUCCUGUCCUGAAUGCAGACGCAGGUUUAGGGUAAGACCUGAGCUUGAAAGAAACCUGAGAAUGUGUAACAUGGCAGAGAGUUUCCGAUCUACUCACCCAGAGCAGGAGGUGGUUGGUAUCCCCUGUACUUACUGUAUUCACUCCUCUGUACCUGCUGCUAAAACAUGUCUGCUGUGUGAAGCUUCUCUGUGUGAAACCCACCUGAGGGUCCACAGCCAGUCAGCAGAACAUAUCCUAACUGAACCCACAACUUCACUGGGGAACAGAAAAUGCUCCGUCCACAAGAAGGUCCUGGAAUAUUACUGCUCUGUGGAUGCUGCCUGUAUCUGUGUGUCCUGCAGUCUGGCCGGAGAUCAUAGGGGGCACCAGGUGGAGACUCUCAAUAAGGCCUCUGAGAAGAAGAAGGAGAAACUGAGAAAUAUUCUGCAGAAACUGAUCUCAAAAAGAGAGGAGGCUGAGAAAAGAGUCCAAAACCUACAGAAGCUCAGGAAAGAAGUGCCAGAAAAAGCAGCCGGGGUAACAGAGGAAGUCACUGCCCUGAUUAGGGGUAUCAGGGAACAUCUGGAAGCUCUAGAGAAGCGAGUUCUGAGUGAGAUCUCCAGGCAGGAAGAGCAGGUCUCACUCAGAGUCUCAGAUAUAAUCCGGCAGCUGGAAAUAAAGAAGGAGGAUCUGUCCAGGAAGAUGGGUCACAUUGAGGAGCUGUGUAACAUGACGGACCCAUUAACCGUCUUACAAGGAUGGGAAUCAGACAGUGCUGACUAUUGUGAUCCUGAGGAGGGAGAUAAUGAGGCUGACUAUUGUGAUACUGAGGAGGGAGAUAAUGAGGCUGACUAUUGUGAUACUGAGGAGGGAGAUAAUGAGGACAGAGAAAGACAUGAUAAAAAGGUCCGUUCUGUAGGGGAUCUGGAUGUGAUUCUGAUCUCAGUGACCUUACACUCAGGAUUAGCUGGGAUUGUGACCGGAGUAAAGAGACAGCUCCAUGUACCGGGUAAUAUAUCACUGGGGAUAGAAUUCGCUUCAGACUUAUUACUGGAUGUAAACACGGCUAGUAAUGAUGUAACUCUAUCAGAUGAUAUGAAAACUGUAUCCUGGUCAGGAAUAGACCAGAGACGCCCAGGAACACGACAGAGAUUUCAGACCGAUCAGGUUUUAAGUUCCAGUAGUUUCUCCUCAGGGCGACAUUACUGGGAAGUGGAGGGCAGUGAAUCAGGGUGGAGGGGGGUAGGGAUGGCCUAUCCCAGUAUAGGCAGGAAAGAAUAUAAGUCAUGGGUUGGAUGUAAUAUCAAGUCCUGGGGUUUGUGGAGGCAUAAUUUUAAUCGGUAUUAUGUGAAACAUGACCUUAAAGAGAUCAAUUUACCUCACCACCAGUCCAGCCAGAGAUUAGGGAUAUACCUGGACUACGAGGCCGGGCGGCUGUCCUUUUAUGAGCUGUGUGACCCCAUCAGACACUUACACACCUUCACUGCCACCUUCACUGAGCCGCUUCAUGCUAUAUUCGGGGUACAUGAGGAUAAUACCUGGCUGAGAAUUUAUUGAAUGAUUUAUUAAUCUAAUUAAAGAGAUUUAACUGGAAAUCCUGGAGUGCGAAUCAGGAGCCGGUAAUACUGAUCUGAGUGUGGGCGGAGCAUGACAACAGGGUUAGCCCUGCCCACUUUGCUGUUUAGUUUUUAAUUCUGAUUUAACGUGUUGAAUGUAUUGUGUGUGUUGUCUGAGUGUGAUGAGAGUUAUAGUUUAUUGCAUCUGAAAUGUCAGCUACAGGCAGCCUCUGGUACUGGUAGCUGUUCUGGACUUCAACUCCCAUCAUGUGUUUUAUGCCUGCACUAUGUGUGUGAAUGUGUGUGUCAUUAUGUGUGUUAGUGUGUCUGUCGUAA